CAGAUAACAAAUCGCAUCUCCUCUCUCUCUUUCUUAAAAUGCAUAUCUCCCUCUUCCCUAUUCUUCUUUCUCUCUUCUUCUUCUCCUUCUCCACCAUUUCCACAUCUACCCCCGACCAAUCAAAAACGUACAUCGUCCGUGUCUGUCGCGACUCAAAACCGUCAGUUUUCUCCGAACACAGCCACUGGUAUGAAUCCACCCUCAACUCUCUUCCUUCUCAAAACCCAUCCCCAGACUCCGUCCUUCGCGUCAUACACACCUAUUCCACCCUCUUCCAUGGCUUCUCCGUCCGUCUCACCUCUUCCCAAGCCCAAACCCUCCAAUCUCUCCCCCACGUCGCAGCCGUCGUCCCCGAGCAGAUCCGCAAAAUCCACACCACACGAUCCCCCCAAUUCCUCGGAUUAAAGUCCCAGGACAGCUCCGGCCUCCUCGCUGAGUCCGAUUUCGGAUCCGAUCUCGUGAUCGCCGUUAUCGACACCGGUAUCUGGCCCGAACGGCGCAGCUUCGGCGAUCGAGAUCUCGGGCCCAUCCCCGCCAAAUGGAAGGGCCGAUGCGAGACGGGGCGCGGCUUCCCUUCGUCGUCCUGCAAUCGCAAGCUGAUCGGCGCGAGGUUCUUCUCCGGCGGAUAUGAGGCCACCAACGGUAAGAUGAACGAGACGCUGGAGUCCCGCUCCCCGCGGGACUCUGACGGCCACGGGACCCACACGGCAUCGAUCGCCGCCGGGCGGUACGUUUUCCCGGCCUCGACGCUUGGAUACGCCCGCGGCGUCGCGGCCGGGAUGGCGCCCAAGGCCCGGCUCGCCGCCUACAAGGUCUGCUGGGCCGCAGGGUGCUUUGAUUCCGACAUCCUGGCCGCGUUUGAUGCGGCAGUAGCGGAUGGCGUGGAUGUGAUCUCGCUCAGCGUCGGCGGGGUCGUCGUGCCAUACUACCUCGAUGCCAUCGCAAUCGGGGCAUUCGCCGCCGCCGACCGAGGGGUCUUCGUGUCGGCGUCCGCCGGCAACGGCGGGCCCGGGGGGCUGACGGUCACGAAUGUCGCGCCAUGGGUUGCGACCGUCGGCGCCGGAUCGAUGGACCGGGAUUUCCCCGCUGACGUCAAGCUUGGGAACGGUCGGAUCGUCCCAGGCGUGAGCGUCUACGGCGGACCCGGGCUCGCCUCCGGCCGGCUUUACCCGCUGACAUACGCAGGGAGUGAAGGGGGUGACGGUUAUUCAUCUUCGCUCUGUUUGGAGGGAUCUCUAAAUUCCAAUUCUGUGAAGGGGAAGAUUGUUUUGUGUGACAGAGGAAUCAAUUCCAGGGCUGCCAAAGGAGAGGUUGUGAAGAAAGCAGGUGGCAUUGGCAUGAUUCUAGCCAAUGGGGUGUUUGAUGGGGAGGGCCUAGUGGCUGACUGCCAUGUGUUGCCGGCGACCGCUGUCGGCGCAUCCAGCGGCGACGAGAUUCGCAAGUAUAUCAGCUCAGCGUCGAGUGGACGGUCCAAGUCGCCGCCAACAGCGACGAUUGUGUUCCGUGGGACCCGGCUCGGUGUCCGGCCUGCGCCGGUUGUUGCCUCAUUCUCUGCCCGUGGCCCCAACCCAGAGUCGCCAGAUAUCCUGAAGCCAGAUGUGAUCGCCCCUGGAUUGAACAUACUCGCGGCCUGGCCUGACAGCGUCGGUCCGUCCGGCAUCCCUUCUGACAAGCGACGGACGGAAUUCAACAUUCUCUCUGGGACGUCAAUGGCGUGCCCUCAUGUUUCAGGCCUUGCAGCAUUGCUAAAGGCCGCCCACCCAGAUUGGAGUCCGGCCGCCAUCCGCUCUGCCUUGAUGACGACUGCCUAUGUUAAGGACAACCGUGGGGAGACAAUGCUUGAUGAAUCAACCGGGAACUCAUCGACCGUCUUGGAUCACGGCUCGGGGUAUGUGAAUCCCCAAAGAGCAAUAGAUCCUGGGCUAGUGUAUGAUCUUUCGCCGGGCGAUUACAUCGACUUCCUAUGCAAUUCAAAUUACACUGAGAAGAACAUCCGGGCGAUCACCCGGAGAUAUGCUGACUGCAAAGGGGCACGAAGGGCGGGCCAUGUAGGCAAUUUGAAUUACCCCUCCUUUGCAGCAGUCUUCAUGCUAUAUGGCCGAAGGAGAAUGUCCACACACUUCAUUCGGACAGUGACGAAUGUGGGGGACCCCAAAUCGACAUACCGAGCAAUGGUGAAUGCUCCAGCGGGGAGCACUGUGUCUGUAGAGCCAAAAGUGCUCUCGUUCAGGCGGCUCAAUCAAAAGCUCAGCUACCUUGUGAGGGUGGAAGCCGAGGCUGUUCGGCUAUCUCCAGGGACCUCCAACAUACAGGGCGGUUCUCUCUCAUGGACCGACGGGAAGCACACCGUCACUAGUCCCAUUGUCUUGACAAUGCAGGCACCUCUGUAACCCUUGCUUAGGGUUUAGGGUUUUAGAGUUUUUUAAAUUAUAUAUUAAUUAUAAGAGUGUUUUUUUCCCUAUAAAAAUGUCUUAAUUAUCUUGAAUGUAUGCACGUGUUUAUCCGCCUUUUGUUUAAAGGGUUUUUUUAAGAAUAUCUUAAUUAACUUAAUGAGGAUAUUCUAAAGUUCUUUUGUAAAUUAAGAACAUGUUUCCAGUGAAAUGUGAAUGAUGAAGGUUGUAA